AUGGAUAUGAAGAAAAAUAUCUUCAUUAAGAAAAAUGAUGCCAAGAGGAUAGUAGUUAAGUGUAUGGAAGGUUGUAAUUUCUACAUGAGACUUAGUAAAAGGGUUGUUAAUCAAUUUUGGCAAGUUGUUAGUCUUAUAGAUGAACAUAGUUGUUGUAGAACACCUAAGAAUAAGCAAGCAAAAAAAUGUUGGCUAGCUAAGAAAUUUACAAAUAUUUUAAGACAAUGCCCUAAUAUGAAACCUGUGGGUUUGAUUUCUGAGUCAUUUGACAGAUGGGGAUUGAAAUUGUCCCAUGAUCAAGCAUAUAAAGCCAAAAGGAGGGAAUUGGAUAUGAUUCAAGGAGCUGGAAUUGAUCAAUUUUCACAUUUGAGAAGUUAUGCUGAAGAGCUGCUUAAAUCAAACCCCAAUAGUACAGUUCUAGUGCAGUGUUCUGACUCUAAGGAAUAA